AUGGGACAUGAGACUGACGGUUUCUUUUCUCCUCAUAGGACGCUUCUCUCUGACAAAUGGGACAGCGAUAUCUAUGAUGUCCAGGAUGUGUCUCUACACAUCAUGUCUCACAUCGUUGAAUGCGCUUACACAGGAUCCGUUUACAUUACCAAAGAAAACGUGGCAGAGCUUCUUGUUGCGGCUGAUCGUUUUUUAAUGUCAUAUUUGGUAAAUGGCUGUUGUCAUUUCUUGGAGUCACAAUUAGACCCUGAAGGCGCCAUUGACAUAUUUACGUUGACGCAGAAUUUCCAGUCCUGCUCAAAGCUCCAUACUAAAGCUAAGCUAUACAUCUUAAAGCACUUUGAAGAUGUUCUGCGUUUAUCUAAAGAGUUCCUGGAGCUCUCGCCUGAACAUCUUGUGGAGUUUUUUGGUCGUGAUGAGCUGAGCGUUAAACAGGAGGAAAUGGUUUUUGAAGCCAUCCUCUGCUGGAUUCAUCUUGCACCCGAAGAGAGGAAAAGGCACAUGGCCACACUUCUGCCAAAGGUUCGAUUGGGAUUGGUGGCAACAGACUACUUCACUGAGAAGAUAAAGAUCAAUCCUCUGGUGAUGGAGAACGAGUCCUGCACAUCUUUUGUCUCCAAUGCAACAGAGGCAUUGCUUGGCUGCAGCAUUCCUGAACCUUCCACCCUAGUCCUCAGGAAACAACUGACACGCCCACGUUUUCCCCCAGCAAUCCUAUUGGCCAUCGGAGGGUGGAGUGGCAGCAGUCCAACCAGUGGGAUUGAGAGUUUUGAUAUACGAGUAAACCGCUGGGAGGAUGUUAAUCAAGAGAAUGGGAGACCCAGAGCCUAUCAUGGUACGGUGGUCCUGGACGGCUCCAUCUAUUGCAUUGGCGGCUUUGACAGUAUCAGUUAUUUUAACAGUGUGUGGAAAUUUAAUCCCAUCACUCAAAUUUGGCAUGAGGUGGCCAACAUGUUUGAGCAAAGAUGCUACGUUAGUGUUGCUGUUCUGGACGGCCUCAUUUACGCUAUAGGUGGACAUGAUGGACACACACGGCUAAACACUGCAGAGCGCUUCGACCCACCGAGAAACCAGUGGACACGCAUUGCAUCCAUGGUUGAAUUCAGGAGUGACGCUAGCGCCACCACACUGCACGGCAAGGUGUAUAUCUGUGGUGGUUUCUCUGGAGACUUAUGUCUCUUGACAGCGGAGAGCUAUAAUCCACAGACAAACCAAUGGAGUCUCAUUGCGCCCAUGAUGAACCCCCGCAGUGGUCUCGGUGUCAUUGCCUAUGGAGAUCUAAUAUAUGCUGUGGGUGGAUUUGAUGGCAACACGCAUUUGCGGACUGUAGAGGCUUAUAACCCUCGAACCAACCGCUGGCGUGAUGUGGAGGCUAUGAUCCAUCAGCGCAGUAACUUUGGAAUUGAGGUGCUGGAUGUUCGGAUGUUUGUUGUCGGGGGCUUUAAUGGAUCAAGCACCUAUAGGAGCGUUGAGUGUUACGACAAGCAAACAAGUAGAUGGAAUGAGAUGAGGGACAUGGUCACGAGGCGCAGUGCUCUGAGCCUUUGUGUAUUAUCUGGAUUACCUGAAGUCACACAGUACGCAGCCGAUCGGGACUAAAGAAAAAAUAUUUGGCAGUGAAUGAUCGCAGAGGGGUCAUCGGACAGACCCUGGAUAUGUAAAUACAUAAUAAAUAAAAACAAUGUUAAAUGCAUUUAAAAAUGAACAUAGUUUUUAAAUGUUUAAUGUACAGAUAGGAAUGCUGUCAUGGGAGGAUCAGCAAAUGGUUGUAGGUUUAAACUCUGCUGUUAAAGUGCAUUAACUGUGAAACAUUUCCAGAUGCUCAACGAGUCAAAGCAAUGUACAAGAUGAAAUGUACGAAAUACAAGCAAGAAAUAGGGUAAAUGUACCUAUUAAAGGGGUAGUUCACCUUCAAAAUGAAAAUUCUCUCAUAUUUACUCUCUUGUCAUUUCAAACCUGUAUGACUUUCUUAUGCAGAACACAAAAGAAAAUAUUUUGAAAAAUGUUGGUAACAGAAAACCGUCGGUCCCCAUUGACUUGCAUUGGUUUUGUGUCCAUACAAUAGAAGUCAAUGGGGACCAACGGUUUUUGGUUACCAGCAUUUUUCAGAAUAUCUUCUUUUGUAUUUGUUUUGCAGAAGAAAGAAAAUCACACAGGUUUAAAAUGACAACAAGGUGAGUAAAUGAUGACAGAAUUUUCAUUUUGAAGGUAAACUAUUCCUUAAGCUCACCUACCCUUUAAACACACUACCAUCUUUAAGCUCACAUUAUAAAAAGAUUUAAAAUCUUGUCUUAUCCAAUUGAUGUGUUUGUUACUGCAUACCUUCUGUAAUUUUAAAUCAGUCAGACCAUUACACACUCAGAUAUGGAUACAUGUGUUCACACUGUCUGGAGCCCAUUCUGAAAGCUGUCUGAAAACUUUGACCAAAGGAGUAGCUCUUUAAAGGGAUAGUUCACCCAAAAAGUAAAAUUCUGUUAUGAAUUACUCACUCUCUAGUUGUUCCAAACUUGUAUGAAUUUAUUUGUUUGGUUGAACACAGAGAAAGAUAUUUGGACGAAUGCUUGUAACCAAACAGUUCUUGCACCCCAUUGACUAGUGGGAAAAAUGACAAUUGAGUCAAAAGUGCCCCAGAACUGUUUGCUGUCGUACGUUCUUCAAAAUAUCUUAUUUUGUGUUCAACAGAACAAUAUAUGUGACCCUGGAUCACAAAACCAGUCUUAAGUAGCAACGGAACAUUUUUAGUAAAAGACAAAAAUACAUUGAGUGGGUCAAAAUUAUCGAUUUUUCUUUUAUGCCAAAAAUCAUUAGGAUAUUAAGUAUAGAUCAUGUUCCAUGAAGAUAUUUUGUAAAUUUCCUACCUUAAAUGUAUAAAAACUUUAUUUUUGUGAGUGAAUGGUCUGCCACAGUGCCCCUUGAUUAACAACUUCAAAGGCAAUUUUCUCAAUAUUUAGAUUUUUUGCACUCUCAGAUUCCUGAGUUUUAAACGGUUGUAUCUCAGUCAGAUAUUGUCCUAUUCUAACAACUCAUAUAUCUAUAGAAAUCCUAUUUAUUUAGCUUUCAGAUUAUGUAAAAAUCUCAAUUUCGAAAAAUUGACCCAUAAGACUGGUUUUGUUGUCCAGGGUCACAUAUAAGUAUAUUUAAAUAUUUUUUUCCUACUAUGGUAGUCAGUCUGACUGUUUGGUUACAAGCAUUCUUCCAAAUAUCUUUCGUCUUUGUGUUCAUCAGAACAAAAAAAAUCAGAUUUGGAACAACUUGAAAGUGAAGUGAAAGUGAAGGUGAGUAAAUGAUGACAGAAUUUGUAUUUUUUGGGUGAACUAUCCCUUUAAAUGUGCAAUUUGUACAUGUUUUGACUUCUGUUUAGGGUAAGUAUCACUGCUUAUUGCAAAAUUAGGAGAUUCAUGUUUAAACUUUUGCUUAUUAUAACCUGGAACUUGGAUGUGGGAAAUAAUUACAAAUAAAUCUAAAGAUUGUUUUAGAUGCUACAGAACAUAUUUUGCUCACUAGCAGGAUUGCGUGCUACACUUAUAUAAUGUAUUACUUCAGACGUGUUACUGGCUCGUUUUUAAAAAUACAUAAUAUUAUAAAUUUACACUUUGAUGACAUCUGUGGUUUUAUACUGCUGACAUUUUUUAAGAUUUUAUAUAUUAUUGUAAGGUGAGCUUGUGGGUGCACUACUAUAAAAGUCAACAUGAAAAGUAUAAUUCCAUAAAUAUUUUCAAUAUUAGUUGUUCAUAUUAUUAAAUAUGUGACCUAGAUUAUUUAUUUUCCAAAAUCUUGUCCUUAAAACCCAUUAAAGGGAUAGUUAACCCAAAAAUGACAAUUCUGUCAUCAUUUAUUUACCCUCAGAUUGUUCCAAACCUG